AUGGCAACGAGGACGGACGACGUAGAGAAGGGCACCGUCGACGAGCUGGCGGACGAACCGGAGCAGGCGAGCACGGCGGACGAUGACAAGGCCCUACCCGCGGUCCCCGCUGGACUCGCCCUCUCGCGGAUACCAGACUCGCAGUACCUCCUCCUUGCGUUUGCAGCGGCGCCAGCCCAUCCCGAUGAUCCGCUAUGCCGGUCGAGACGGUGGAAGGUGUGGUUGACGCUGCUGGCCGCACUCCUGGUCAUGCUGACCGCCCUCCCACUGUCCCUCUUCCUCCUCGGCUACGUCGCCGGACCGUGGUGCUGGAGCCCGCUCAGCGAAGCAUACGGACGGCGACCCUUCUUCGUACUCGGCAGCCUUGGUUUGACGGCUUUCCUUGGCGCUUCCGCUGCUGCGCCGAGUUACGGCGCUCUCCUGGUCUUGCGCUUCUUAUCUGGCUUCUUCGGCGCUGUGCCAAUGACCAACUCGGGCGCGCUGACUGGCGACAUCUGGCAUGCGAAGGAGCGAGGGACGGCGAUGAGCUUCUACAGCGUCGCAACCUUCGCAGGACCAGCCCUCGGCCCCAUCAUCGGCUCCUUCGCCGCCUACCGCCUCAGCUGGCACUGGGCAUUCAUCAUCCCCUGCCUCUUCUCCGCCGCGCUCUGCAUCGCCGUCAUCUUCUUCCUCCCCGAGACCUACCCACCCGUCCUCGUCUCCCGCCUCGCACGCCAACUCCGCAAAGAGACAGGCGACGACCGCAUCCGCUCGGCGCUCGAGUUGGCGGAAAUGAAGAGUCGAGGGACGCCGAGGAUUCAGCGGUCCAGAGCGGAGGCUUGGAGGUUGUUGGGCACGCCUAUAGUGAUGAUCUUGACGGAACCGAUCGUGGCGGCUGUCGCGGCGUUUGCGAGCUGUUGCUACGCACUUAUUUAUCUCCUCUUCGAAGGCUAUCCAGUCAUCUUCACCGAAGUCCACCACCUCGGACCGGGCUACUCCUCCUUGCCCUUCCUCUCCAUCCUCAUCGGCGCCAUCAUCUCCGUCCCGGUCUCGCUCUGGUAUCAGAAGCUCUACCUGCGAGACGUCAAGCGCGAAGGCCGACAUACGCCCGAACAGCGACUUCCGCCCGCGCUCGCCGGCGGACCGAUGAUUGUUGUCUCGUUCCUCUGGCUUGGAUGGGGAGGCUACAAGCCGCAUGUGCAUUGGAUCGUACCGACGCUGUCGGGGGUGUUGCAAGGCGUUGGGAGCGUCCUCAUCUUCCGCUCGAUGCAAACGUACCUCAUCGACGCCUACGAGCGCAACGCUGCCUCGGCACUCGCAUCCAACGUCGUCACCCGUUCCAUCGCAGGCGCCCUCUUCCCUCUCUUCGCCCCAGCACUCUUCCACCGCCUCGGCGUCCAAUGGGGCUGCACGCUCCUAGCGGGUUGCAUGCUCCUCCUCGUACCUGUGCCCUUCCUCUUCGAGCGGUACGGCGAGCGAUUGAGACGACGAAGUAGGUUCGCACCUGGACGAUAG